ACCUGCCCAUCGUGCGUGUUGAUAUUCAACAUCGAUAGCCUCUUUUGCGCUUUCGAUCUUACACUCUUUCUUUCUUCACCACACCACCGCUUCACUCUUUUAGCGGGCAUUCGUUAAUCAGACGCCAAUCGCACGAAUUACCAUUCAGCGAAUCACCUAAUUACCACCGACAACAACAACCCCAAAAAAUCACAAGGAGCAAAGCAAAGAAGACCAGGGUCAAUAUGAAGGGAAUACUUGUUGCGGCCAGCGCGGCCAUCCUCGCCGGCGGCGCGAGCGCCAACAGACUUCACCACCGUCACCUCCACCAGCCCUUGUUCGAGAAGAGGGUUCACAACGACACCGAGAUCUGUGUCCCCGGCUGCACCACCAUCUGGACCACCAUCACUGGUCCUGCCGGCCUCUACACUCCUCCCGCCCCUCCCUCCACGGCCGUGCCUGCCACCUCCUCGGCCAUCACCACCAGCGAGGCCUUGCCCACCCUCUCCUCCUCGCUGGUCUUCGCCAACUCCUCCUCGAUUGUGGUCCCUAGCACCUCCUCGAUUGCGAUCCCUAGCACCUCCUCGAUUGCGGUCCCUAGCACUACCGAGGUUGUUGUGGUCCCCACCACCACCUCCCAGGGUCCCGUCACCGUCCCCACCCCGAUCCAGCAGACAUGCCCUACUCCGGGCACCUACACCUUCCCGGCCACCACUGUGGUCCUGACCGAAACCAAGACCGUCUGCGGUGCCUCUUCCACCGUUGUUCCUAGCGGUACCCACACUCUUGGUGGUGUUACCACCGUCGUCGAGACUGCCACCACCGUUGUCUGCCCGGUUGCCACCACCAAGACUGCCGAGAAUGGUGUUGUUACCAGCGUCGUUGAGCUGACCACCUAUGUCUGCCCCAGCGCUGGUACCUACACCAUUGCUCCCAUUACCACCACUGUCACCGACAGCGAGCCCGUCACUGUCAGGGUCCCUGUUGUCGAGACCUACAACCCCGGCACCUACUCUGCUCCCGCCGUCGUCACCACGAUCACCGAGACCGACGUUGUCGUCUACUGCCCCUUCACCGCCGUUGAGCCUCCCGUUACCUCGACCCAGGCUCCCGUCGUGCCCACCACCUCCGUGGCUCCUCCCGUUGUUUCCGUGGCUCCUCCCGUUGUCUCCAUCGCUCCCCCUGUUGUCUCUGAGGCUCCCCAGGAGCCCUCGAGCACCUCUUCCGCUGUCCCUGUCGUCUCUGCGGUUCCCUCCUCGAGCACUUCUUCUGCGGUCCCCCAGCCCACCGCGCCCACCGGCAACCUCGGCGGUAAGGGUGACAAGUGGGCCAUGACCUACACUCCCUUCACCCAGGACGGCCAGUGCAAGAACGCUGCCGACGUCAUGACCGACAUCAAGGCCAUCGCUAAUGCUGGCUUCACCACCCUCCGUGUCUACUCUACUGACUGCGACACUCUCCCCAGCGUCGGUGCCGCUGCUGAGGCCACUGGUCUCCGUCUUAUUCUCGGCGUCUUCAUCGGCACUGCCGGCUGCGAAAACGGCUCCCCCAACGUCUCUGAGCAGAUCGCCGCCAUCAAGUCCUGGGGCCGCUUCGACAUGGUUGACCUUGUUGUCGUUGGUAACGAGGCUCUCUUCAACGGCUUCUGCACCGUUGGCCAGCUCAGGGACCUUAUCAACCGCGUCAAGUCUGAGCUCGGCAGCGCCGGUUACUCUGGUCCUUACACCACCACUGAUGUCGUCUCUGCUUGGCAGUCCAUGGACAUGACCGACAUCUGCAACGUCAUCGAUGUCGUUGCUUGCAACUCUCACGCCUACUUCGACGCCAACACUGCCCCCGAGCAGGCCGGUACUUUCGUCGCUGGCCAGCUCGCGAUUGUUGAGAAGGUCUGCAACAAGCCUGGUUUCGUCAUGGAGACUGGUUGGCCCACCGCCGGUGAGUGCAUUGGCAAGGCCUGCCCCGGUCGCGAGCAGCAGAAGACCGCUCUUGCCGCCAUCAAGCAGGAGAUGGGUAAGAAGGUUGUCUUCUUCUCCUUCAGCGAUGACCACUGGAAGCAGCCUGGUUCUUGCAACUGCGAGCAGCACUGGGGCUGCGGUGAGAUUUUCGGUGUCACCCUCUAAAGCGUGAAGAAGAUAUCAGGAUUGCGUAAAUGAAGCUGUUGGAUACGGUUGGAUAUAGAGGAUGUUCUUUCCCAUUCUCCUAUUCUGCUCUUUCAGGAUUUGUGUCUUGAUUUUGGAGGAAUAGGAGGGCGGGAGAGAGGUAAAUAAAUGGAUACUUUUUUCAAACCAUGCGCGUCGAAGUCAACUCAUCGGUUUUCUUGGGCCCCUUCUCCAAUUAUAUAUACAUAUAUAAUACGUUCCCUGUAUCACCGUUGUCACUUCACUUGUCAUUGUUCCUCACCACUUGUGUGCGUGUGUGUGUGUGUGUACAAGACAUAUUCACAUUCAGCUCCGGUCGAUCUGCCAUUUAGCGAGUCAACCCUGGGAUCUACAUACGACCUGUCUAUCCCCCGCGUUGCAGAUGAUCGUCACGACUGAUCGUCUUGUCCUUGCCUCCCCAACGCAACAACGGGAGAUGUGCAGAUCAGAGUCCGGGGAAAGAACACGCACAUACUUACACACGCACACUUGACAACGAUAAAUGUUCCACCCCUUGGGCUUCCUUUCCAGGGUUGACUCGCUGGUUGGGCGUACAUACCUUCAUACCUAUAUACCAACAUGUCUUCUCUCUGUUCGAGACACGGACAAGGGGUGUCAAGUUUAUUAUACAAUUAGGUUGAUGCGCGGAAAAUCGUGUUCAUGCAUCUUGUGCCUUGUCACAUGUACAAGCACACAAUCGCAUGCUGUUAUCGCUGUUGGGGAAAUCGAUACACACGGACGAUGCUGUGCGGUGCGAUGGAUGCGCACACACAAUCAUACUGGUCUCCUUUGUAAUACUCGAGGUUAUGUUCUUUGUUCAUGUGUUUAUCAUGUCUCUUACUGUUGUCGGUUGGUACUCAUCAUUUUGAUACACAUUCGUUGUGAUUCCUUAUGUCUAUGUCUAAUUUUUUAUUCUUCUUCUUUUUCCCCCCUCUGUGUGUAUCUGUACCUCAAUAUCCAAUGUUAUGUGAUCUGUUGAGGGUACAUGUAAAGAGGGAAGUAUAUUCACGUAUCAUCAGGGUAUAAACAUCUAGCUCUACUGUCCAAUACAACUAGUUCGUAUAUCAACUCGAGAUUCUAGAGCAACUUCCCUGGUUGUUGUUAUGUCUCAUGGUUCGUUUCGUCCUAUGGUCAAAGCUUGAUGUUGUCUUGAGUAUACUCCUUCUAAAAUGCAAUGUCAUAUUAAAUACUG